AUGAAACAGGCAGCGGCGGCGGCGGCAUCGUCUUCCCCUAAUGAGCGAGGCGGCUAUUAUGGGGAGCCGACCCUUGGCAUCCCCACCACCCUACGGGUCCAGCGCGAAUUAUAUGGUUACCCUAGCGACGUCCAAUUUCGCAAGCAAUUCCCCACCCGGUGGUCGACAACCCUCUUCCAAUGCUGCACUGAUCCCUCUACCUGCCUCUUAACAUGCUGCUGCCCUUGUGUCGCAUUCGGCCAGAUUGCGGAGAUAGUCGACAGGGGUGAAACGUCCUGCAUCAUAGGCACGGGCCUGUAUGAGGUGAUCAGGUGCUUGACAGGGUGCGCCUGCCUCUACUCUGCCUUCUUCAGGGCGAAGAUGAGGGCCCAGUAUCGCCUGCCGGAGAGCCCCGCUCCCGAUUGGGCCGUCCACUUACUGUGCGAGCCCUGCGCCCUCGCCCAGGAGUACAGAGAGCUCAAGCGUCGGGGUUACGACAUGACCAUAGGUUGGAAGGGGAACUUGGCAACGCAGAGGGUUCCGCCCACCAUGCCUCCUGUUGUGUUACCACCAAUGACCAGAAAGUAG